AACAAAUGGGCCAGCUAUAUUCAACAUUUAUGGCUUUCAUCCAAUAUCUAUCAUUUCACACAACAAUUUAUAAGAUCGUUUUCACAUGCAAUUCAUAUAUGUAUACAUGUAUGAAUGAGAGUAGAGGCAUGUCGGAGAGAAUUAUAGUUAAGGCCACAGCCCAUAGAUUAACAGGGCCAACCUUGGAUGUCAUACAGUCAAUUACUGGCUUCAAGGGCUGAAUAUGGUGACAAGAUGAUAUGACUAUUAAUUUUGAAUAUAAUUUCCCUUCGUCCAGGUAGAAGUUUUUCAAAAUCAUGAUCUGCAUGCCUUUUGACUUGUCAAAGGGCACACCAGAUCCACGUUGGUCGAGUCAAGGAAGUAAACAGGAAAUUGCAACCCUGUAUAUUUGCCACUCACCUAAAAACUCUGUCGCUCGACUUGUUCAAAGUCAAGCUCACAUAAUAAGACUUGGCCAAUUAUUAAUGGGAUUGCGAAACUUUCACAUAACAAACCAGUUUUGUUUCUUCUCCAUUUUUGUAUAAGUAGAAACAUUACCAGUCCUGCUGUAAUGGCGCCUCCAAUGUCUAGUCAACUGCACUUUGUGUUGAUCCCGCUUAUGGCACAGGGACACAUGAUCCCCAUGAUAGACAUGGCCAGGCUCAUUUCAGAGCGUGGUGUGACUGUAAGUUUGGUCACUACCCCUCACAAUGCAUCAAGAUUUGUGUCAAUAAUCGAAAGAGCAAGAGAAUCUAGUCUCCCUAUUCGGCUUGUGCAGAUACCGUUUCCAUGCGAAGAAGUGGGACUCCCUAUCGGCUACGAGAAUCUUGACACCUUACCUUCAAGAGACCUACUGAAGAGAUUCUAUGUUGCAGUUGCUAGGCUUCAGCAGCCAUUAGAACGCAUACUUGAACAUGCCAAGCCUCGUCCAAGCUGCAUAAUAUCAGACAAGUGCUUAUCCUGGACAGACAAAACCGCUCAACGCUUCAACAUCCCACGGAUUGUUUUUCAUGGGAUGUGCUGCUUUUCUUUGUUGAGUUCUAAUAAUAUAAGGCUUCACAAAGCUCACCUUACUGUAAAUUCGGAUUCAGAACCUUUUGUGGUGCCAGGGAUGCCAAAAAGUUUUGAGAUAACAAAGGCUCAGCUACCGGGAGCAUUCGUAAGCUUGCCUGAUUUGGAUGACGUCCGUAACAAGAUGCAAGAGGCUGAAUCUUCAGCUUAUGGGGUUGUGGUUAAUAGUUUUGACGAGUUGGAGCAUGGUUGUGCUGAGGGGUACGGAAAGGCUCUAAAGAAGAAAGUAUGGUGCAUUGGACCAGUUUCUUUAUAUAACAAGCAGAGUUUAGAUAUGUUUGAGAGAGGAAACAAAGCUUCAAUUGGUAAGACACAAUGCUUGGAAUGGCUUGACUCUAUGGAGCCAGGGUCUGUUAUUUACGCUUGCCUCGGUAGCCUAUGUCGCCUAGUGCCAUCGCAGUUGAUAGAACUAGGUUUGGGUUUGGAAGCAUCUAAUAAACCCUUUAUCUGGGUAGUGAAAACUGGAGAGACAGGUUCUGAAUUAGAGGAAUGGUUCGUGAAGGAGAGGUUUGAAGAAAGGAUCAAAGGAAGGGGGCUUCUGAUCAAAGGCUGGGCUCCUCAAGUCCUUAUUUUGUCCCAUAGAGCAGUUGGAGGAUUCUUAACUCAUUGUGGUUGGAACUCUACUGUUGAAGGGAUCUGCUCUGGCGUGCCAAUGAUAUCAUGGCCUCAGUUUUCCGAGCAAUUCUUUAAUGAGAAGCUAAUCGUUGAGAUUUUAAGGAUCGGUGUGCGAAUCGGCGUUGAGGUUCCAGUGAGAUGGGGAGAAGAAGAGAAAGUUGGAGUGUUAGUGAAGAAAGACGAAGUCAGGAAGGCAGUAAUUACGUUGAUGGAUGCAGGCGGAGAAGAAGGCAAGAACAGAAGGAAGAGAGCAAUUGAACUUGGAAAGACGGCAAAGAAGGCUAUGGAAUUGGGUGGAUCUUCCAACCUCAACCUUUCAUUCUUAAUCCAAGAUAUCAUGAAGCUACAAAACUCAAAACAAGGCUAAGAAUUUUUUA